CACACACAUGUCAUUCUGAAUACAAAGGUCAGAACUGCAGUACAUUUGCUUCCCAGAUGGACUCUCCGACCAAAACAGGGAAGGUUUACCUCCAACCACACAGAGCCGGCAAAAAAUGGAAGCCAGUGUGCUUGUCUCUGUUCCCCCCCAGUGACAGUGCAGCGGGGCGACUGGAGAUCCAGGACAUGGGAGGUGCUGGUGCUGAAGGCGAUCAUGUGUCUGGGGUCAGGAGACACUACCAGCCUCAUGUGGACAGGAAGGUGAAGGUGCUGCGACUGUCCGAGCUGAUCAGCGUCCUCAGACUCCCCCCGAACGCAGAAGCCUGUCCUAUGGAGAACAUGUCAGCGUUUUGUGUGGAGACCCGGGACAGAACCAUGGUGUUCGCUGCACUAAAGAACGACUGUGUGGAGUGGGUAGAAAAACUGUGUCUCCGGACGUUUCAGAGAGGUGUAGCCUCCGGCUCUACUCAGCUUCACAUGGAGGAGAACCAGAUCUAUGCCUCAGCAGAUGAAGACUCAGAGUUCUGGGUAAUGGUUCAAAAGACUGACGCAGCGACACGCUGCGGCCUGCAGGGGUCAUACUGGCUGCAGGUGGGGCGAGAGGCGCUGCUGCUGAGAGAAACACAGAAGAAAAUUGUUAGAGAGUGGCCAUAUGAAUGGCUGAGACGAUAUGGGAAAGAUAAGCUGGCCUUAACCAUCGAAGCAGGGCGACGCUGUGACUCUGGUCCUGGAACAUUUAUCUUUGAGACACAGCAGGCUGAGAAGAUAUUCGCCCUAAUUCAGAGUACCAUCAAACGGAAGACUUCGACUCUUACUGUAGGCAACCAAAACCAAGAGGGUCAGAAAGUUAUGGUAACCAACAUACAGGCUCAUUCCCCGCUCCCCAGAAUACCAGAUAUGACCAGUAUUGCUGCAAUUCUGGAAAACAAACUGAGGACACAGGACAGUAAAUGUGCUGCUUUAGAAGAUAGUGUACAUGCCCAGGAAGAUUUGGUUGGUUCAUCAGAGAGUGCAUCAGUGCAGCCAGCUCCAAUUACCCUCAUGCCUCUUCCACUGGUGCCCACACAUGGCAGCCACUCCGGACGACAUCUCGAUGGCCAAUCAGAAGCUGUAUAUGCUGACCCAGCUGAUUGCAUCCAACCUGUACCAAAAGCGCCACCGACCAUGGCUCUGUAUGUAGACCCUGCAAGUGUUCUCCCGCUCAAACCCCCCAGCUCCAGAGACUCUGUCACUCCGUCUCCUAACUCCUCUACUUCACAUCCCUGCUUCCCCCCCGAUCAGCCAGAUUCAGUCUACGCAGAGGUGUACGACAAAAUCAGUCCGGCUCAGAAUAAAGACGGCGCAGAUGACGAACCCAUUUAUACUGAGCCUAUGAGCGAGGAGGAGAAGUCUGAUAAAAAGGAAAGCAAAGCAGACCCGUUUGCACACCUUUAUGCUCAAGUCUGCAAAACAACCCCAUCAUUUAGCCUAUCGUCGUCCUCUAACACCAUCCCUUCCUGCUCGGCUUCCUCUCCCGCUAUGACUGCCAGUAUGAGCACAACUAAAGCCACGACCCAGUCUCUUGAUGAUGUCAUCUACGAAAACCUGGGCACCAUUUAAUUUAGUUGUCAAGUGUAGCUUAAUGCUACAAUGCCUAAACCAAGUCUAUGCAGAGCCUGACAUAUAUUUUUGUACAAUGACUGUAAAUAAGAAAUAGAGUAAGCACAUCUCCUGUAUGGAUGGGCUUUCUGUUGUGAGUGUAUAUCUGUAUACAAACUAUUGUUCAUUAGUUCUGAAGAAAACAGGGCUGUGUAAUUGGCUAUUCAUUAAUAAAGCAAGUUACCAAUAAAGUAGAACUUGCAACAAACAUGGUGUGCUCACUAACACUUCCUAGAUAGCACCAUCAUGCUUAGCAUUGCACUCGAUUAGCAUUGCUGGACUCAUGGUGAACAGGUAAAAACGAUUAAAAAGCAGAACCAGAGAUAUUGUGUUAAAUGUCACACAUUCUUCUUCCUUUUCAAAACAUGGUGCCGACCUUACCCACAAUACAACUCGACCGCUGAUGGUAGGGGGUUUUGCUGUGUGUUAUGCUAGUAGCAGCUAAUGUAGCCUUGGCAUAGCUUCGAGCAGAGGUGAUGUAGUCUUCAGCCCCAACCGAUGCUGACUCAAGGUACAUCAUUCUCUCUGAAACACAGACAACCUUUUUCACAUAUUACAGUAACACUUCCCAACACCACUGAACAGGCUUUUAUGUGUAAAAUCGAUGGAGUUUCCCUUUUAAUUAAAAGGCUACCGCACCAAUAGCAAGUCUCAGACUUUUCCCAUGUCUACACCCAGUAAUACAUUAUUUUUUUAAUGCCAUAAAGUUGACUAUAUCUUAAAAUGUUACAUGCAUGUUUGCAUAUGAUGUUCUUCUGCUGUAUAAAUAUCCUAUAGUCCUUUCAUUUAAGAUUUUUUUUUUUAUUAAAAUGUGUAUAGUGAUGUAUAAAUAGUGAAGAUGAAAUUAGUUUUUGUUACUUAAACAGAGUGCUGUAUGUAUAACGUGUUCAAAGUUGUGCUUUCUAAGUUCUGUCCCAGCAUAAAUUCUACCAAUUCUGUAAA